AUGAGCAUCGAAGAAUUGCUUGAGGAUGCCAAGGGAGAGUACUGUUCUAUAAGUAAAAUCGACUCAAAUUUAAUCGACAAAGGUAAUGUUCCCUGGCCUUAUCAACAAAAACACUUAAAGAGCAUUAUCGUGCAUCACAACUACAUUAUAAGAAUUGCAAGUGAAACUGAGGAAAUAUUCAACAAGUGUGUUUUAGUCAAUUUCCUUAACUUAUCUUUUGUAAUCUGCAUCAUUUUGUUCCGCAUUGCAAAUGCGCCACUGUUUACCGUCGAGUUUUUUAAACUUUGCUUGUACUUGAUUGCAUCAAACAUCUUAUUUUUCGGGGAUUGCUACCUCACACAAAAAGUCUUAACCGAAAAUGAAGCACUCGCUUAUGCGUGCUACAGUGUCGAUUUUGUAGGCACUAAUUUACCUUUUCAAAAAUCAUUAAUUUUAAUAAUGGCAAGGGCACAAAGAUCGGUGCAAUUUACAGUUGGAAAAUUUGCACCCUUAAGUAUUGUUACCCUGGUUACCAUUUUGAAGGCGUCUUAUUCGUAUUUCACGUUGCUUCAAAACCGUCGACAACAUCAAUAGUUACAGAACAGUAGAAUUGAAGCAACAAUUUGUUUGUGGUAGCACCUGCCACUGCACAUGAAAGAUAUGC